GUCUAAUCUGUCUAUGGAUCCCUUUAAAUCGGCCUCUCAAACGUACUGGUAGAUUCCUAGCGUUCGGUUCGGUUCAGUUCAGUUCUUACACGAGUGAGGGAUUGAUGCUUGAAGUGGCUCCGAGUGGUCAGUCUCCCCCUUCAUUUUCGUUUUCGGGAGGCAGUUCUUACUCGGCCAGCCCCCAGGCCAGGGGCCAGUGAGAUGGGGAGCAUUUUCGCAGACUUCCAAGAAGCCCAAAGGUUAGGCGAUGGAAGGCUGCUGGCCACCUGCUUAGGCCCCAUCGACUCAGACCGCGACCCUCGACGCGUGCAAUCUUUUGCACAAUUAUCCAAUCACCAGACCAUUUCAGCAGACGUCCGAUACCAUCUCGUCCAAGACCGUAAUGCGGUCAAACUUCCCAAAGCAGAAGCCAAUGCUUGGGUCGACAUCUUCGUCGCUUUGUGGAAAUGCGUCAAAGAACUCGCCACCAUCCAAGCCGGCGGCGCGGGCGACUGGACCAGAGCCUUCGACUCCUACAAAGACAUGUGCAACCUCCUUGUCCGAGGCUACACGAACUUCGGCUUUCAAUCAUGGACGAUCCCUUGUCUCUACGUAGCAGGCAAGUACCUACGCAUGAUCGCCAUGAAAGCCGACAGUCAAGACAAACCCAAAGACUCUGAUGGAUUCACCAACGGCUUCGCUGACGACAUAAUGAGCGACACGAACAAAAACAAAAAUCUCGAACAAGCAGCAUGGACCAUCAACCGCAUGUUCACCGUUUGUCUCAGUGACCGCGCCGAGCUCGCCGAGUCGCGCAAAUGGGGCAUCUACAGCACCACGAACCUGCUGUUCAAAACAUAUUUCAAACUCAACUCAAUCUCACUAACACGCAACGUCAUCCGCGCCCUCGAGGCAGCGCAACCUGAUCUCCCUCCACUUGAGUUGUUUCCCAAAUCCCAUCGCUGCACAUUCAAAUACUACCGUGGCGUUAUCGACUUCCUCCAAGAGCAUUACACGGACGCCGAGGCCAACCUCACUGAAGCAUUGAAUCUAUGCCACAAAGCCUGUCCGCGUAACCGCGAACAGAUCCUCACUUACCUUAUCCCCGCGCACGUCGUUAAUACCCACCAGCUUCCCACUGCGUCCCUGCUCGCUCCACAUCCGGCACUCUCCAGCAUCUUCACGCCAUUGUUCACUGCCAUCCGAACAGGCUCACUCGCGCAAUUCGACGACGCCCUGUCCAACGCGGAGCCCGAACUCGUCAGACGCAGAAUCUACCUGACCCUCGAGCGCACGCGAGAUAUCUGCCUUCGCAAUCUUUUCCGCAAAGUCUUCCUAGCUGCCGGGUGGGAAGAGAGCAAGGACGCCGCCACGGGCGAGGUCACCGGCAAAAUCCGCCGGACUAGGAUCCGUAUCGAGGAGUUUGAAGCCGGCAUGCGCGUCGGAUCCAAGGGCGCUACGGAUGUGAUGAUGGAACGGGAUGAGGUGGAGUGCUUCUUGGCGAAUAUGAUUUACAAGAACUUAAUGAAAGGUUACAUUGCACGGGAUCGAGGCAUUGUUGUGCUCAGCAAGGCCGGCGCCUUUCCUGGGACGGGUGUUUAAUUCGUCAAGUUCCAUGCUAGGAGCACAUGUCGACAACAUUGUCUAUGAAGCAUAUUAUUUGGUAUCGACGUUUGCGUUGAAAUUCCUAGCUCGGGUGAACUGGACGUGUCGCCUGGAGAACGGCACCAUCAAGCGAUACCACGCCCCAGGCAAAGACAUGACGCCAAACACUCCUGUUAGUAUCCGCACAAGAGCGGUCUGAGAGACAUGUGCAUUCUCCCAACAUCCAGCUACGAGCGCAGAUGCUGUGGGAACAGCGUGCUAAGCUCCUUCGGUCAAUCAAUGCUUUGAAAGCCAUCAGCAGCACUUGUCCCAGAAAAUCCUACCCGUCCAGACGACUGGCCAUGAUUCAUCCUCAGAAAUCCACGCUAUUUCCCAAAAAGACAUGGGCGAUAUUUGCACGCCGUUUGCAACAUACCAUACCAGGCAUGGUACAUAUAAAGUGUACUUCGACCCUGUGCCAUGGGCCCCCUCCCCUUGACCCUGGUGCAUCCCGCGAAGAGAAAAAGGCAUCAGGUCCGGAUGGCCCCCUCUACACCAUCUUCUGGCAAGACAGGGCGCGGCAAGGUAAAAGGCAUCGGAAAUGCACGUGUCAAAUCUGCCCGCGAACCUAUCACCGUCCACCAGCACUAUUCCUACUUCCUACGAGGGAUGUGACAGGUCCGAAGCCACCUUUCCCAGCUUUUUGAGUCACGCACUUGGAUCACGGAACAAAGGGUCCAAGCUUCCACUGCUCCUCGACGCCAGGCAUCAUUCCCACAUACACCUCGCUUAUUCACCUUCCAGGCAUGCGGGGACACGGGCACAAAAGUCAAUUCUUGACCCUUACGGUGGGCCAAGCUAGGAGAUCUGGCGUAUACGGCGGUUGCCUUGUGCAAUGAGCAAGCUACGGACUUUUGGCAGAGUGGAAUCCGCCAAUGAAGUCAGCCUUCCUCUUGAGACACGCAGGACGUCUGGAAUGGACGGAAAGUUGUGCAGUGCAAAUCACUGAGACUAUUUGAAAAAGCAACAUUAAAGUCUCUACGUGUGGGAUAAUGAGAUUUCAUUCGUUGUUCCCUUGAAAAUUGAGCAUUGCAUUGCAGAUAGCAUAUCGAGUUGCCUGGGAUUGCAUUGCAUCCAAGCAUUCUCCCUUGAUUCUGCUCCUCGCAUCGCCAGCGGCGAAAAGACCUAAAUUUUACAGUCUUGUACUGGCAACAAUCUUCCAGUCGGAUCGACAAACAGACAUUUUUGGGUUAUUGUAAUAAUGAUACAUGCAAAGCAACCCAUGACUCCUGUGUUCUCUUACCAAGAAACAAUUUGAGAUGCAAAGUGGCGACCUGGCAAUCUUGUAGGUGAGCUGGUACAUUGUUCUCGAUCUAGCGAGUAAAUGGUGACGACCACGGCGAGCGCAUGGUUUUCAGGUCAUCCUGGAGAAGGUCAAUGAGGUUGAUGGAUUUGACAUAGAAGGCUAGGAAACUUACCAUGUGGUUACACAUAGCGACGAAGAGGUCGAAGAACAAAGCGGUGCCGCCUUGCUCCAUCUCGACCUUCAUAGUGCCGCUCUUCUUGAAGUUGUUGCGACUGCGGAUGAUGAAGGUGAGAUACUG